AGUUAUUCCCGGCGCAACUCAAGUAUGCCUUUUCCAACCCAUUGCUUCCCUUCCUCCCUUUCUCUCAUAGCCGGCAGCGGCAUCAGGCGCAAGCAGAGACACCUUGACCUCGUCUCGAUCCAUCUGUACUCUUUCAUGCAGUCAUGGCUGGCAUCCGUUUCAAUCACAAGCCUUUCUCCGGCAUAGCUGCCUCACGAUCACCACGACCACGUUCGAGACGGCCAUUCUCCUCCUCAACCGCUCGAAGAUCCUACGAUGACACCGUCCAAAAUCUCCUCAUAGGCAAGCACACUCGGGUCAUCUACCAAGGCUUCACUGGACGAGUAGCUACUGGCAAUGCCAAAGACAGCUUAGCCUACGGCACUAACAUUGUAGGCGGCGUCACGCCUGGCAAAGAAGGCGAGCACCUAGGUCUGCCUCUUCUGCCAGAUCUCCGAAAGGCCAAGGAGCAGCUAAAGCCCGAUGCCACAGCCGUCUUCGUUGCAGCGCCGCAGUGCGGGAAGGCGAUUGAGGAAGCUAUAGAAGCGGAGAUUCCAUUGAUCGUGAGCGUAGCUGAGCACAUCCCACUCCACGACAUUAUGAGGGUAACUUCAAUUUUAAAAACGCAGUCCAAAUCUCGCCUUGUAGGCGCCAACGCACCGGGCAUCAUAGCACCUAUAGGCUUUUGCCGCAUUGGCUUCCAGCCUUUGCCCACUUUCGCGCCAGGCCACGUCGGCAUUGUUGCCAAAUCUGGCACCCUUUCGUAUGAGGCUGUCGCUUCUGUAACCCGCUCGGGCUUGGGUCAGAGUCUUGUCAUAGGCAUGGGCGGCGAUAUUAUAGCAGGCACCAACAUGGUUGAUGGGCUCAAGGUGUUUGAGCAGGAUCCCGAGACCGAAGGUAUCAUUAUUGUGGGUGAGGUUGGCGGCAGGGCUGAGGAGGACGCGGCGGAGUGGAUCAAGGACUACAGGAAGCGUGUUAGCAAACCCAAGCCCAUCGCAGCGCUGGUCGGUGGCAUCCAUGCGCCGGAACGCAGGAUUAUGGGGCAUGCUGGUGCGUGGGCGGCGAGAGGCGAGAGGCUGGCCGCAGAGAAAUACAAGAUCCUGCAAGAUGCUGGAGCUACGAUGGUCGAUCAUCCGGAGAACUUCGGCGGUGUCAUGAAGACGUUAUUGGCUCAGAGCGGACGAGACGUGGACAGAAUCAAGCAGCACGCUCAGUCGCAGCAGAAGCGGAGCUACCACACCAUGCAUAGACGGUCAAACACUACCCACAGCAGACGCGCAGCAAGUCCCGUCGUUCGUCCCACCGUAUACAAGCAACAACGUCGUGGCCUACUGCUCGGCACUGAUCAAGCACCCGGUGUCCUCGAACCGUACAUUAACAAUAUCGAAGGACUUUCUCUAAGCUCACAACAAGCCCCGCAAGACGCCUUCUACGUUGGCCUCACAGUUGACCGCACCGAACGUAGUCCUUGCAUUGCCACCGCACCAACCGCCGACCCAGCUCAGCGUGCUCAACGCAUGCGCCGCUUUCCUUACGACUGGCGGCAAGGCCCGAGUCAGGAGCUCAUUCAAUCCGCGAUUGCACACAUGCAGCUUGACGCCGCACCACCAGCCGCUCACGCGCAUAUCGCUGGGCUCAUGGAGGCGCUGGCAAAGAUGUACCGAGCAAAAGAAGCCGUUACAAUUUCAGGCAGCGUGAGCAUUGACAAGAACGGCAACCUGCAACUGCACCAGCCGAGCCUGCUCAUGCAACUCGACGACGCAGCAUACAGAUCCAGUAAGCGACAAGAAGACAUUCACAGCUUACGACGAAGAGAGAACGAAGUUUCGGAAGAGCUAGAGGCGGAGAAGGACGGCAUCGUCUUCGUCAAGCUCCAAGACCCAUCCGCCAAUAUCGGUACGCUCGUCAAUGGUGCCGGGCUGGCAAUGAACACGGUCGAUGCACUCCGGCUGCACGGCGGGAAAGCCACGAACUUCUUAGACACCGGUGGGAAAGCGACGUCGGAGACGGUCAAGAAGUCCUUUGAACUCAUUUUGCGGGACUCCAGAGUCAAGGUCAUCUUUGUGAACAUUUUCGGCGGCCUGACCGAUGGCGGCAUGAUUGCUGAUGGCAUUUUGUUAGCAUUUAAGGAGGUUGACAUGAAGGGUGUUCCGGUUGUUGUGCGGAUCAGAGGUACUAAUGAGGCGAAGGGCCAGAAAAUCAUCGCAGAAAGUGGGCUGUCGUUGGAGGCUUUCGAUGGCUUUGCGGACGCGGCGAAGAGGGUGGUCGAGAUCGCCAACAGUCGAUAGCUGGGACGAACAUAUUCAUGCAGUAAUUGUACAGAAAGCGAUGAGGGGGCGUUGGUUGAUCGGUUGCGGAUGGCUAUGUUACGAGGAAGGCGCGGUGUUUGAAGAAGGAAAGAGGGACUGUCAAUGAACUACUGUACCGCAUGAUACACUGACUGAAAGCAGCCGAGAACAGUUUCUCGCCACCGGCAAUCAAGCUUGUCCUUAUGUCGCCAACGCCGAGCUAAGUCCAUUGAGACCGUGUCGAUACCGGUGAGGCAUGCACUCUCGCCCAUAUGACGCCGAGACGCCAGCCUUGUAGCAGAUAAUGAGACUCAUGCCAUCCGCUCACUCGUCGUUUCAUGUGUGGUGUAGCUCGGUCAGCAUACAGCGCCACCGAUCUGUUCCUGAUGCACCUCUAGCACGUCGCCGUCGUUCAUGUCGAGCUAACAACG